AGUUGACGUUGACGUUCCCUCAUAUUGAUACAUAGUCCGUGAUUGGAUAAUGGAAUGCGGACACUGGACUUGUUGAUUGCUUGGUUUGUGUGCGUGCGUAAUGUGGUAUGGCGCGAUCUGUCACUUUAUUGAAAAGUUUUAAAAGUUCAAUAAAAUCCCAUAUUUAAUGUUAACUUUAUUAAAUAAUCUCAGAAAUGAAUUAUCAAACGGUUUUUUUAUUUGUAUUAGUUGGAGUGUUAGUGAUUAGGGAUGCAAAUUGCCUACAGAAAAGGUGUAUAAAAUGUAGAUCAAGAGGUGUGCAAGGCACCUGUGGUGAUCCAUUUCCAUUCAAUGUGACUGAGCCAGAAGCAGAAGUGGGUAUUCACGUUGUGGCGUGCCCAUCUGGUUGGUGCGGCAAGAUGAUUGAAGGAACAACAGGUGCCUUCAGGACUGAUGACUAUGGGGCAGCAACACAAAGAAUGUGCCUUCAACGAUCACCGAGCGAUGAUGAAGAGCGUUGCGCCUACACAAUGUGGAAUCAUAAAAAAGUUUACAUGUGCUUCUGUAAUGGAGAUCUAUGUAACUCUGCAUACAAAAUAUCAGUGCCACCAAUAAUCAUGUUAGGUUCCAUAAUAGUUGUAGUAUACAAUUACUUCCAAUUUAGAUUAUGAAUAAUGUAGAAAUAUAAUAUGAAUAAAUUUAACGAGUACUCUGAAACUGAACAUUCUGAAAUUGUGAUAUUUAAGGGUUAAAUCUUAUUCAUAAUCUAUGUUAUACAUUAAGUUAAGUAAGAAGAACUCUUGACAGUGCUAUCGUGACUCAAACUAAACAUACACACUGCUGAAUAUAGAACCUAAUCCUUUUUGGAAAUUGGUUAAGAAGCAAAGUCGUUUGGUAUUUAACAGUGGCAAAGAAUGGAAUUUUGACAAAGGUAAGCCAAAACAAAGAAAAAGAAAUUUAUACCGUAUGAUACAAGCUCUGGUUUCUCAUACAUACAAUACAUAUUCAUUACAAUAAUGAAUAUGUACCUAUGUAUAGAUCUUUAAAAGGUAACCUGGCGGGAAUCGGCCUGAAUGGACUCUUCGCCGCUGGUAUUUAUACUUUUGAUGUGUAACAUAUUCAAAACUUUAUUUUAUUAGUCAUGUUAUUAAUUAUCACCAUUAGGUAUAUCUAUAUUUUUUAUAAUGAAUAUACAAUACAUGAUUAGCUCAUAGUUAUCUGAAGCUUAUAUUUCGUCCAUUAUUAUAUCAUUAUAAUAUAAUUCAAUAUUAAUUGGUUAAGUUUAUCACUUUCAACUUAUCAAGGUGAUUGUACUUAUUCCGUCCUAUUAUUGUGAUUUUAGAGAUUAUAAAUAUGUACAUAUUCUAAAUUAUAUUUAAAAAAAUAUAUUUGUCUCUCUAGUUUACUUUGUAAUUUAUAUAAACGGCCUCGCCCUUAACAUCUCAAAGACCCAGUUUAUACAAUUUAAUCUGGCUGGUCAUAAACGUAGGCCUUUGUCUGUUUCUAUUGAAAGUCAUAAAACCUCCUUUUUAGGUUUCCUGAUUGACGAGGGCUUAAUAUGGAACUCUCAUAUUGACAAAUUAUGUGGUAAAUUAUCUACAGCUUGUUUUGCUCUUAAGCGAGUAGCACAUACAUUGUCAGAAGAAGCAACGUUUGCAUGCUAUUUUGCUUCUGUACAAAGCCACCGGAAUUGAAAUAUGGGGUCGCGGUGCUGAGUGGGAACGCGUUUUUAAACUGCAAAAGCGCGCAGUCAGGACACUUGCUCACGUAUCGCAAGAAACGUCAGCCAGACCGUAUUUUGCAUCGUUAGGCAUUUUAACGUUGCCCUGCCUAUUAAUCUAUAAUAUAGCCAUAUACGUAGCGCAGAAUCAAAGCCAGUUUGUCAAGAGGAGCGAUUGUAACUUGCGAAUGAGAUACCCCAAUAGACUUGUAGGCAAAUAUCACCGAUUAAAAAAAGCGUCGAAGACAGUAACAGGGAUGGGUCCAGAAGUUUUUAAUAGGAUUCCACAAAAUAUAAAAAAUAUAACGAAUAUUUAUACUUUUAAAAAUAAAUUGAAAGCUUGGCUUGUCGAGAAGACUUUCUAUAGCUACAACGAAUUUCUAGAAAAUAAACUUUUGUGACAUUUAUUUUGUUAUAUAUUGUUAGUAAGUACUGUAAUGUAUAAUGAUUUUAAAAGUAUUUUUAUAAUUUAUUGAUAUAAACAAUUUAUAAUUAAGUAUAAUAAUAAUGAUUUUGUGACGAGUAAUAUGUAUAAUUAUGAAUAAAAUAUGACUAUGACUAUGACUAUGACUAAAUUCAUGCAGCUAAUUAUAAAUUUUGUUAUUGUAUUAGUAGGUACAUGUUAUAGAUCUAACUCUUUAUUGAAUUUUAAUAAUAUAAUUGAUUUAAUUUUGUGCACUUACUUAUGACGUAGAACUAGUUUUAUUUUUUCAUUUUAUGCUAUGACGAAUGAUUACUUCUAUUCUUCACUUUAAAUAUUUUGAUAUUUUUUAUUUGACUCCACAGUCAAUUGAACAAUGAAAGUCAUCAUCUCUUCUGUUUUGGAGUUCUAUCUAUUCUUAUUACUUAUAAUAAAACUAACAGGCCCAACUCUACAUUCUGUACAUUGAAGAAAUUUUAAUUUUUUUUGUUGCAGGCCUUUAUAUAAUCGAUAGGUACUGAAGCCAAAAACAUUUUGUUUUGUCUGUCUGUCCGUGGUUUUUUUGACUGGGCAUCACGCUGAAUGAAUUUAGAUGAAACUUGACAUGAUUUGAGUCCAGAAUACGAAGGAUAAUAUAAGAUACUUUUUGUCGCAAAAAUAAAAUCAGAAGGGGAAAUGAAAAUAACAUAAUUUUAAUAUAAAUUAAGACAACACCGGCUAAGCACCGCCUUAAUACUGAUCAGCAGGUAGAACAUGUUAUGAUGUUAUUUUUCACUUUUUAGUUUAGUGGGUACGUUUUUAGGUUUUGAAGUCCCAGGCGUCCGCUAUAUACUUAGAUGAUUUUCUGAAAAAUCUGGGAUUCAUACUUAUCGUCUACUUUUCUAUUCCAUCAUUAAUAUUUUGGUUAAUAAAGUUGAGUCAUUACACUCAUUACAAUAACCAGCUACAAUAAUGAAUUCAAACUUGUUUAUUUCAAGUAGUUUUACUUACAAUACAAUCAAUGUUUUUUAAUGAGUUUUUUCCAGUUUGAAAGUUCAAAGAAUAUUUUUU